GAUAUAAAAGGAACGAAAAAUAGAAAGCUCGAAGUAAAGGAGUUGUUUUGGUUCUCAUUCUCGUUGUCUGAAAGCCAAACCCCGAAGUGCCACUCCAACUUAUGACUCGGACUCUAAACUCAGUGAGUGAUGUCAACGAGUCGCCGAAGCGAAGAUCAACAACACAAGGAGCAAGUUGCAGAGAUCAGCAAAACCCUAAAAGAAGGAGAGAGGAUUCUCGCCCCUACUCGGCGACCCGAUGGAACCCUCCGAAAAGCCAUUCGCAUCAGAGCUGGCUAUACCCCUCAAGAAGAAGUCGCCAUUUAUCAACCCAAAGCUGCUCUGUUGAAGAAAGAGAUGGCAUCUCACAGUGGACCUCCGGGUUAUGAUCCUGCAUUGGAUAAUUCAAAACCAAAGACGAAAUCGGUAAAGAGGAACGAAAGGAAGAAGGAAAAGCGACUUCAGGCUGCCCUUGAAAAGGAAAAGAAUUUAGAAUUAAAUGUAACUGAAGAUAGUACGAAGCUAGAAGCAGUCAAGAAUGAUCUUGGAUCAGAAUCUGUUCAGUCUCUAACAUCUCAGAUUAAUGAACUAGCUGUUUCUGGAAGUUCUUCCGUUGCUUCUCCUGUCACGGACUCUACAGAAGGUUUAGACUCAUCUGGCUGCAGCCAAGAUAUUGAUAAAAAAAUUCGAGCACUGAAAAAGAAGAUACGACAGACAGAAAGCCUCCAGCAGAAAGCUGCAGAGCAAGAUAUGAAGCCUGAGCAGUUAGAGAAGCUAGCAAAACUGGAAGAUUGGCGUAAUGAGCUAAGACUUUUGGAGGAAAGGGUGAAACGACAGCAGCAGCAUGACCAAAGUCUUAUAACUACUAAAUUAAAUUAGCAAGAAUCUUUAGUUCAGAUUUAUGAUUUCUUGAUACACAUUAACUUAUCAAGGAUUUUCUAGUGUAUUUUGCUUCAAUGUUUUGGUACAUAUGCAGAUAUGCUUACUUGUGUUGUA